CCCAAAACCAAACGAGAGUGUCUGGCGUACUGCGUGCCACUGGUUCCUUUUAUUCAUGUCUCUUCCCCUUGAUACCUUGGCCAUUCUCAAGCUUAUUGAGUCCACCUCCUCCAACAUUUGACAUACGACGCCAACACCACGCUAAACAACAAUGAUACGGCCAGCUUGGGCCUCCUUAGUGACGCUUCUCCUCCUGUGGUCCUUUGUAAAGGCACAAGAAUGUAGUGAGACGGUUCCCUGCGAGAAUGGCUGCUGCAGCAAGUUUGGUUUCUGUGGUUUUGGAAAGGAUUAUUGCAGCGACGAUGUUUGCAAGAACAACUGCGACGCAAAGGCGCAGUGCGAUCCUGGAGACUUUGGGGAAGACUUUGUCGAGCUUGAGAAAUGCCCCCUGAACGUCUGCUGCUCCAAGCACGGAUACUGUGGCACCACGGAAGAGUUCUGCGGAAAGAAAAAGGUCGACCGGCCGUCGUGCUCGAAAGACGACAGCAGCUUUUCCCGCGUGGUUGGCUACUACGAGUCUUGGUCCGAGGGUCGGCCUUGCAACAGAUUUUACCCAGAGCAAAUUCCCAAGGGUAUCUACACACACAUCAACUUUGCCUUUGCUGGCAUCGACCCCGACACUUAUGAGCUGGUACCUGCUUCUCAGUCUGACAUUGAACUGUAUGAGCGUGUUGCCGCUCUUAAGAAAAAGGACAGCCAGCUCAAAGUUAUGAUUGCUGUUGGUGGUUGGACCUUUAAUGAUCCUGGACCGACGCAGACGACCUUCUCUGAUAUUGCAAGGAGCGAAAAGGCACAAAAGGCCUUUAUCAAGUCGGUACUCAGCUUUAUGCAAACAUACGAUUUUGAUGGCCUGGACCUCGAUUGGGAGUAUCCUCAAGCUGAGGAUCGUGCUGGGCGAGACGAAGAUUUCGAGAACUUCCCCAAGUUUAUGGCGAAUGUGAAGAAGGCUCUGACGGACUACGAAGUCAGUGUUACAUUGCCAGCAUCAUUCUGGUACCUCCAGCAUUUUGACAUUAAGAAGCUUUCGAAGUAUGUUGACUUCUUCAACAUGAUGACCUAUGAUUUCCAUGGAGUCUGGGACAAGCCCAACAAGUGGGUUGGGCCGUAUCUCAACUCUCAUACGAACUUGACGGAGAUCAAGGAUGGCAUGGAUCUUCUCUGGCGUAACGACAUUAGUCCAUCCAAAGUCACACUGGGCAUGGCGUUCUACGGUCGAGGUUUCACUGCCACAAGCCCCAAUUGCCUAGAGCCUGGCUGCACGUUCGAGUCUGGAACACCAGCUCAAGCUUGUAGCGGAGAAAUCGGCGUCAUGCUGAAUUCGGAGAUUGAGGAUAUUAUGGCGAGCGAAAAUGUCUCGCCAGUUCUCGACAAGGAGGCAGCGGUGCAGGUGCUGACCUAUGGAGACGGAUACUGGGUCACAUACGACGAUGAGGACACCCUCCAGCUCAAGGCCGACUUUGCAAGGAGCCAGUGUCUCGGCGGAGUCAUGGUGUGGGCUAUAUCCCACGACACAGACGAUGCCAAGUACUCGAUUGCACUGGCCAAGGCCGCUCCUCGCAAGAAAUUCCCGUGGGUCGACUUGCUCCUUGCAGACAGUGAAUCAGGCUACACCUAUGACGAACACUACAAAGAACAGUGCCGUUGGACAGGCUGCGACGAGAUCUGCCCGAACAACUGGAUUCGUAUGAUGCGCAAAGACAGCAAGGCUCGGGACCAGGAAUUCAUGGUCGACAACACGGGAUGCGACGGGCGAGGCAGCCAUAAGCUCUGUUGCCCCCCUGACCAGGAUAUUCCCACCUGUGGAUGGUACACGCAUCACAACGGCAAUUGCGACGAGACUUGCCCAUCCGGCACCAAGGAGAUUGGUAGCAACGCGGCUUACUGUGAUCUCAAGGGUGGUGCUCAGGGCAUAGCUGGCGCCAAAAAGUAUCAGGCAGCAUGUUGCACGGUGGACACCCAGAGCAUGGAGCUCUACAGUCAAUGCUCUUGGCAGGAUUGGCCCGUUUGUGCCAAUGGCAGCUGCGGGGAUGACGAUACCAUUGCCGAGUCCCAUACGGGGAGCGGCGAUGCCAGGUGCAUUGGCUGGUACUCCCUCGAGGACUCGGACGGGUUUGGUCCCAGGAAGUACUGUUGCGACCAGCCUGACGAGAACACUGCGUGGAGUAGCUGUGACUGGUAUGACAAUCUCGGUUCCUCUACGUCGGAAUUCCCGUCCGAUUACUGCCAUGCCAACUGCCCAGACGGCGAUGUUCGGGUGGCCAUGGAGCAAAGCGAAUGCGCUGGUGGAAGCGCAAGGGCUCGCUGCUGCAAGCCGGAUUAUAAGACAUUGACGAAGCGCUUCUCCAACGACGAAGACGUUUACUAUGAUUCGAUGCUCGACUCUUUCCUCGACGAUGCUGUCUGCGACUCUGUGUCUGACAUUUUCGACUGGGACCCCUUCAAGAGGGCCCGCGCUCUUUCUGAUCUGAGCCUGUACAGGAGGGCGGACGACAGCUCCUUUCUGAAGUGGCAAGCCGAGAGCGCUACCAUUUCAUUGAUAAGUGUCCUCUUUUGGGGAUCUCCACGGCCAGCCACGAUCGACGUUUGGGACAACCAAAUCAGGGUCUCUGUCUACAACAGCCUUUCGUACGAGAACCUGGCGGACUACAUUCAGAAUGCGGGCAGGGAGCUUUUCAUGUCGCUGGGCUCAAGCCAGGGCCCUCGGUACGUGGCCUGUAACAUGGCCCUGUUGAACCAAGACGUCGGCGGUGACGGAGAUGAUGGCGGCGGCUCAUUCAUCACGGACUGUACGUGCGAGCGAGAUGACUGCUGCCAGGAAGACGACGACGAGUGCAUUGCUUUCGGAGAGCAAAGCCUUCGGAUUGCCGCCCGCAGCAACGAGAAAACUUACAGUUGGUUCAUACCAGAUCCGUCGACUGGAGAAACGGUGGAUCUCUCGUGGUAUGCACCAGAAUAUCCCAUUGCAACCGACCUGAAACCCGUAGAAGACCUUGCCAAGCUCACAGAGACAUGGUUUGCCAGCGACAAGUGCGCCGUGCUCAGGCCUGUGACCAAGAGCAUCCUCCGCAAUGGUCUCGUACAGACAGACGUGGCGCAAAUGGACCAUGCUUUCGAGCGAAAUGCGAUCGUGUCGUGGGCCGACAGUGCAUUCGACGGAUUGCUCGCCGGGAAAAGUUCCGACCGGGACAAGUUCAUGCGAGACGGCGAGCAUUACUCGCUGCCUUUUGAAUUCUUUCAGAACACGUUGACGCAAGUCAAUUCUCCCGCGGGAAGCUUCCAGCUUCGAAUGAUGAAUGCUUUGGGCAGCAACGCAAACCCCGACGUCAUGACGCUGCUCUCCAAGGAACUGAAUCGUAUGAAGGCAAACUUCUGGCUCUACAAUCAACCGGUGGGCGAACGCAUCAACAAAUUCACCAAGGGGAAAAACAAAAGAGAUCUCCAAAAGGCCGGCGGUUUGAUUCGAGAUGUUAUAGCGGCGUAUCUGUGGCAUAAUGAGCGCAAGCCUAACGAUCGCCUCAAGACGGUGGUCAAUAGCUUGCGGGAGAUUCUGCACGAGGCAGAAGGUGUGCACUACAGCAGGUAUCAGGUCAGAGUGCAUGCUGUCGAGCAUUUCGAUGCCUGGCUUGGCUCUCAUUUUGCUGCCAUGAGGUCCAGUGUGUCAACAUUUGUGACAACGUACGCGACGACAUUGCUGGACAAGGACCACGUCCAGAACAACAAAAUCUGGCGAGCUCAGAUCAAAAAUAUGGAGAACAAAGGCAACAUACUCGAGGAUAUUGACACGGAGGGCUUCUUCCCGUCGCUGGAUGACGAUGGCAAUACAUGAGCUUGAUGAGAGGAAGAGGAAAAAUGACUGGCGUGCUAAAUGGGUCCUGCUCAGCCUGGUGUGAUGGAUCAUAAGAUUUACUAAUGAGUCUUAGACUUGGCUGGAGAAUAUAUAUGAGGACAGUAUAGACUGUGGGACUGAUUUUGCCUUGUCGACUUUGCGUGUGAAGCAGUAUCUUAUGUUCAAUUAUAC